CCUAUACCACCACCACCCAGCUACUCCUUGCCAUACUCACACUACAUUGGGAACGCUUUCUGGCUCGGAGCUGUAUUCUGAUACGGCCUACUGGCCUGGAUGGCGCAAGGUCUGUCCAAAGAUGAGCAAGAGACUCUCCGUUUGCUAGUACAGCAUGUCUCUCGGGCCUUCUACGAACCCAAGUUUACUGUGGUCCUGGACCAGCUCAUCCGCCAUCCAGUUCUGAAGGACGACGAACUGGCGGGGCGGAUGGGGCUCCAGCUUAAGGAGCUCAACAAAAUUAUGGCUACGCUCGAGGGACAUAAGCUUGUCCGAAUAUACCGGCAGAACGAGCUGAAGGAGGGCGCACAGCGCUCGGUCGGUCGGCAGUACUUUUACAUCGACUACCAGUCGUUCUGCAACGUCGUCAAGUGGCGCAUGGCCGAGAUGCGGCGGAUCAUCGACCAGGGCCUGCGGAACGAGCUCGACUCGAAAGGGUACCUCUGUCCGCAGUGCCGCAAGACGUUCCAGACGCUGGAGGUCGACCGCCUGUUCAACCCCGCGCUAGGCACGUUCAACUGCGACGUGUGUGGGGCGGAGGUAGUGGAUAACGAGAACGCGGAGAACGUCGUGGGGAGCCAGGAUCGCAUGCAGAGGUUCAAUCGGCAGAUGCGGUUCAUUUUGGAGGGGCUGAGGAGGACGGAGGAGAUGGUGCUCCCUGCGUUCGAUGUCGCGUUGUGGAUACGCAAUCAUCUGGAGGCGGAGCGCGCGAAAGCCGCCGCGCGAGAAGGCGGACUGAAGAUUGCGGGUGCAUCGGGAGAGGGCAGACAGGGCGACACGAUCGGCGUCGUCAUCUCCGUCGACAAGGACGAGGAAGCCGCGCGUGCCGAGCGCGACCGUGAAGCCGCCGCGAAGAGGCAGCAGAACGCCCUGCCGAAGUGGCAUCUGCAGAGUACUAUCUCUGGCGAGCUCACCGCGCUCGGUGUCAAGGAAACUGCGCGCGCCGCGGCGGCUUCUGUAGCGGACGGGAACAAGCUGCCGAGUUCGAACGACGCAAUAUUGAGGGGUUUGGGGGCGCCAAAGAUUGCUACACCAUCUACGAAUGGUGGCGACACGAAGCCUGCUAUCAUACAAGCCGAUGAAGCAGAUUAUUAUGACCAAUACUAUGCGUCUCUUGCCGCGUCUGCCGACCCGUCGACUAGGCCUACGCCCGGCAAGAGCGACUUCGGGGAUGAAGAGGAGGACGUGAAGCCUAACGUCGAGUACCUCGAGUCCCUCAACGAGUACCGGAAACGCUCGCGCUCGCGCGACGACGUCGGCACGGGCGCCAGCACACCCAAGCUACCGCGGACGGACAGUCUCAUAGGGACGUAUGAGGUUGCAGUGGCGGCAGUGAAUGGUGUCGGUGAGGAGGAGUUUGGACAAGCCCCUGUGAAUGGUGCCACAGCGGAGGAUCCUAUCGUCUAUGUGAAUGGCAAGCCUGUGGCGCUGUCCAAGGUUACCGAGGAACACCAGGAGGAGAUGACGCCGGAAGAGUACACAGCAUACUACGAGCUGCUGAGUGCACAGUCAUAGCCUUCUUGGCGAGGUUAUUGGGACGUUGGUGGGUGUCAGCUUUGGUUUCACGCGGACAUCGUGCUCUGUCACUUGUAUUUCUAGAGCAAGUACUGUAUCUUUGCGCAUUCUGCACAGUGUGCUAUUGCUAUCUAAUAGACAUGUUCAGACAAC